AUGGAGAAUGGCUCAGCCCAUUUUUAUCCGAACCGAGGGAGGACGUCUCGUGGACUGCGUCAACCGGAACGUGGUAUUGAAGACAAACAGUUGCGAUUCAACGCCAAUCCGACGUCGUCUUCGGGUGAGAUUGACCUUCGAAGCUCUUCCGCUUCAUGCACUUGCAUACAGAACCAAUGUCGUCCUAAGAGAUUAACCGAAACCCUGUUGCUCUUCAUAUCAGAAUACAUUUGA